AUGUCGCUUAAAAUUACUAUUUAUUCACGAUUAAUCGAAUCUAAAGCAUGGUAUUUAACUCGAAUAUUUUGGACUGCUCUGUUAGUCGGCACUUUUUGUAAGUUUACUGUUGGAUUGACAUUUACAUUGAAAUAUGGGUAAAAUUUUAUAAAACACGGCAGUAAGUUCUAGCUAUAUGAAGCAAGAAAAUCAAAGAAGAAUAGCAAAAAGUAUGGCAAGAUUAGUGCAAAAGUAGAGCAUAGGUAAGACUAUGACAAGACAAUAAAAUAGCAAAGGUAGAAAAUAGAGAAGACAAGGUAACGCAAAAGUAAAGCAAGUGUAGACCAAAAAUAGGGCUAUGGCAAGGUGAGAACAUGAUAAAAGUAUAGCAAAAGCAAGGCAAGGGUAAAGCAAAACUAAGGCAAGGGUAUGGCAAAAGUAAGGCAAGAGUAGAACGACAGUAAGGCAAGGGUAAAGCAAAACUAAGGCAAGGGUGCAGCAAAAGCAAAGUAAGCGUAGGGUAAAAAUAGGGCUAGAGCAAGGCAAGAAAAUUGCAAAGGUAGGGCAAAAGUAAGGCAAGGGUAGAUCAAGAGUAAGCCUAAAGUAGAGCAAAAGUAAGACAAGGUAUAGGGCAAAAAUAAGGUAAAAGCACGGCAAGAGUACGGCAGGGGUAAAGCAAAAGUAAGGCUGAGGCAAGGCAAGAGUAGAGCUAGAGCAAGGCAAGAAAACGCCAAAAGUAAAACAAAGAUAAGGCAAGGGUAAAUCAAAACGUAAGAUAAGACGAUAGUAACAGUAGGACAAAAGUAGGAUAAAGACAGAGUAAAGAUAAGGCAAGUGCAGACCUAGAGAGUGCUAAAGAAGGCAAGAUUAGAGCAAAAGGCAAUGGUAGCACAUAGUAUGGUAUAGUAAAGAUAGUAUCGUAAAAAGCUAGAGUGAAACCCCUUUAAAAAAGUUCAAACCAACUUUUCAAAAGCGCAUUCUAUUUCAGACACAAUAUACUCCACCGACAGUAUAAUAUACGGUAAACGAGUAUACUUCCCUUAUCGUCCACCCUUCUAUCAGCAUAAAGCCACACUACUAAAUGAUACAAUUAACAAUAACACAGAGAUAGAGAAACCACAAGAAGGCGUAGUAAUAACGGCUGAAUUCCGUGAUCAAACCUUCACCUACUCGUUGUUACCGCCAUCAGACAGAGACUUGUGUAGACACACUAAUGUGCUGGUGCUGAUCAUAUCAAGACCAGAUGGAUUCAGGAAUAGAGAUUACAUUAGGAAGAGUUGGAUGUAUUAUGAGGUAAGGCAAAUUGAAGCAAACGUUUUUAAAAUUUAGAAAAAAAGAUGGAAAGUUCGGAAAAUUAGGAAAAAAAAUUAGAACUGGCGGGUCCAACUUACACCUACAUUUAAAAAGGGUCAUAUCCUAAAUCUACAUAAAUUUUCAAAUUCAGCAAAAUUCUGAAAAAAAAAGAAAAUUUUGCCAUGGAUAAUAUCGCCGCGUGUUCAGGUGGUGAUUUCGCGUUUACUAUUGAAUAUACGUUAUAUCUAGCUUAAAAUAAUGUUGUGUUGCUCAAGUUUUUCAGAUAUUAUCAAUAUUUUACUUUUGUCUGAUGAAAUAGUCUACUUUCGCCCACAAUUUUAUGCCUUCUCCAAGAUCCAAGCUAAAACAAUGUCGAAAGUCGAAUGGUAAGUCAUUUCUUUCGUUUUAUUUUUGUUGGUUUAGAGAAAAGACAUAUUCAGGCAACUAAUCAGUGGCCUUUCAUCAGUUUUCAAGCUUAAUUUCCUCAUAUAACGUCUUGGCAUUGUUUUAGAUAAAAUUUUAGGUAACAAAACAUAAUUUUGCCACAUUUAAAUGGUAAAAACAUGAAAAAUAAUAAGUAAGGUUUUACAACAGUUUACCAGUCAAUUCUCAAUGUUUUUAGCUCUAAAAGUUGAACAGAACGCCAUUUUUUACUCAAAAAGUAUUCUAAAACAAUACCAAGAUGCCUUCCAAUCAAAAAUCUUUCAAAAACUGACGAAAUGUUGCAUGUAUGUUUGAAAAAUGACUGUUGUAAAACGCUACUUAUUGUUUCUGCGUUUUAACUAUCAGAGCGUGGCCCAAUUAUACUUUGUUACCUAAAAUUAGCGCUAAGACAAUGUCAAUACGUUAGCUAAAGAAAUUAAGCUUUAAAACUGAUGAAAGGUUAACGAUUAGUUGACUCGAUAUGUCUUUUACCUAAACCAACAAAAAUAAAACAAAAAAAGACUUACCGGUCCACUUUCGACAUUAUUUUAGCUUGGGUUCUGGAGAAGGUAUGGAAAUUUCCCCCGAAAUGGAUUGUUUCAUGUGAAAAAAGUGAACUAUUGAUAAAACCUGAAAAUCUGAAUUAGUAGAACAUUAUUAUAGACGAAAUAGAAUUUAUUUACAAUAAGAAACGACACACAUAUCAACUAAACUCGCGAUAUUGUUCAAGAAAAAAAGAUGUUCAAAAACAUUUUUCGUAAUUUAAUUUCGCUAAAAUUGAAACGAAACGCCAGAGGAAUCAAUUUUUUAGCUGUAAAGGACGAUUAAAAGCCCAAUUUCAGGGAAACCCAAAAGAUGUUACGUUAAAGUUCAUCAUUGGACAAACUUUCGAUUCAAAAACUAAUGAAAGGCUUCAGGAGGAGAUCGUUGAACACAUGGAUAUUGUGCAAUAUGAAUUUAUUGAUGAGUAAGUUGUGUUUUAAUGGUUCUAAAUUGUAAAAUAAUUAUUUAUUUUGCCCAUUAUUGGAUGUUCCGGUAAUAUCAACCUUAUUUUACACUUAACUUCAAACUAGGACUACCACACUGUUCAGUAUAAUAUAAUAUAUUUUGUUACAAAUGGUGUCAAGAAGUCUUUUUUGGUAAUUUAUAUCAUUGUAAAGAAACGAUGUUACAAAUUCAAAUCCUUAAAGUUUAGAUACGACCUCCUGCCCUUAAAAGUUCAUGCCACAUUAGCGUAUCAACAAGCUUUUUGCCCUGAGGCUAAAUACUUGCUGAAGACGGAUGAUGAUACUGUGAUUCAUUUGGCACGUCUAAAUCAUUUCAUAGAGACGAGCUAUGAAGAAAAGUACUCAAAAACACCUAAAAUGCUGGCAUGUGCAAUAUUUGCCGGAUUGAAGCCUAAUCGGAACAAGGAUAACAAGUAGUGAGUGAUUUUUAAAAUUUUUAUAUUAAAAAAAAAAUUUUUUAAUUUAAAUUUUCAGUUACGUGUCCAAAGAGAUCUAUCCGUCAGAGUUAUACCCAAACUUUUGUCAAGGUUGCUCUUACAUGGCUUCAACUGAUGCUGUAGCUGCCAUUCUUAAUCACACUAAGGAGGCUCACUUUCUGAAACUAGAAGAUGUGCUUUUUACUGGAUUAAUAGCUGAAAAAGCUAAUGUUACUUUGUAUAAUACAAGGAAUUUUGGAUAUUAUGUAAGUCUUACAAUGGUAUUUAGGUAGGGUAGAGUAAACGGAAAUAAGUUAAGAUAGAAUAAGGCAAGGCAGGGUUGAAGGUAAGAUGGGGUAAUGUAGAAUAGGGUAGGGUAAGGUAUAACAAAGUAGGGGAAGGCAGAUCACGGCAAGGUAGAGGAAGGUAGUUUAGAAUAAAGUAGGGUGGGGUAAGUUCAUUUAAAGUAAGGUUAGGUAUAUUAAGUUACAAUACGGUAGAGUAGAUUUGAUUAUAGUAGGGCAAAUGUAUUAUAUUAUACUAUACUUCAUCAUAGUAUAAAGCUUUAAAUGUUGAAUGAAACUUUGCAGACAGCUUCCAGUAGAGUAGAAUGCGAUAAAGACCAAGUGCCGUUACCGACAGCUCUUUUGGGAGUACGAACGUACUUAAUGGCACGGUACUUUAACAAGCUUCAAAAUCAACAGUGUCUAACAAAGCAUCACCAUUAG